GCUCAGUUUGCUCGUGACCGUGGCCGCAGUAGUCCGCACUCUUAACGGACGGUCUCUUCGAUAGAAUCUCGAUAUUUGAAAAUAUUGCCGCCCAAAAGCCACAGGCUGCACGUGUUGCGUUUUGAUUGGACUCUAACAUUAAGUGAAAAAUAGAAAAAUAAAGAAAAAAUGGGUUGCGCAACGGGCACUUUAAAGUAUUCACUGUUCCUAUUCAAUGUAUUAUGGGCGAUACUUGGCAUCCUGGUGCUCGUUUUCGCCGGACUCGGCUGGGGAGCGAUGCCAGAUGAGUAUGCCAUCGGAACCAUUAUCCUGGGCGGAUUUAUCCUGGUGAUUUCCCUUUUCGGAUGCUGUGGAGCAGCUCGCGAAUCGCCGCGCAUGCUGUGGACGUAUGUGUCACUGCUUCUGACCUUGCUGGUCCUUAUAGUGUGCUUUAUAUUCCUGAGUCCCAAAGGUGUGUUCAAGGAAUACGCACUCAAGACGGUGGAGGACCACUGGGAACUGGAGCAGACUAAGCCGGGCAGUAUGGAUCUUAUUCAGAACACGUACCACUGCUGUGGGCGCGAUAGCCCCAAGGACUAUCUGAAUAGCCAUUUCUGGAACAACACAGUGCCCAGUAGCUGUUGCAAGGACAACAGCUGUGUAAAUCCCCUGAAUCUGUAUGUGCAGGGCUGCAUCGCCAGAGUGGAGGAGGCUUUCGCGGAUGAACAAUCCACAUUGAGCUAUUUCCAGUGGGGUCUGCUCAUAUUCGAAGCUGUCAUCCUCCUGCUGGCCAUCGUCUUGGCCAUUCACUACACAAAUCGCCAGCGGCGAUACAACUAUUAGUGAAUAUUACCGAUUUAGGUAUCCAGCUCCCCAACUUUUCUCAUUUUUAAGUGUCACUAAUGUACCUUUUUUCUAUCCACAAAACACUUGCCUAGCAAAGAUGCCUUAAAAGUAAAUACACGAAGUUGUGUUUUUGUAAAAAGUCGUAUAAGUUUUAAUUUGUGUAAACUCUUAAAAUAAUAUAUUAAAAUAUAUGUUGUUUUGAAAGAAAGAAAAACCAAAUAAAGGAAAAACUCAUUUUUAAAA